AUGGCUAUGGAGACGAACUGGAUGCGCCGCACCGGCUGGGCUGAGAUGUUUGACGGCGCCCGACGUGACAUCCUUGUGGCUAUGUCGGAGCUGCUAGCCACGGCGGCCACAGCAGAAGGGUUUCCCCUCGGCCGAGAUGGAGAGGGUAAUGCCCUUACAAGCUCGCUGGAGGACGAAGCCUGUCUCUGA